ACUCUCAAGGCACGCAACGCUCUCGACACAGCAACCAACCACAUCUACGAAGAAUCUACAGAAUGGCCAAUUGUGAGCAAGAGAAGCUGAGGAUUGUCCUCAUUGAAAAGACUGAAACCGCCCUUUCGAAAAAGAUUAAAGGCAUCCUGGAAAAAUCCUUCAAUUUGGUGAUGGCUCUGACCAGAGAUAAUGGCUGUGUAAUCGUCAAGGAAGAAGAACUCAAAGAUUUUGAAUCAUCCAUCUUUUCUCCUGGUCCCCAUGUGUUUUUGCUCAUAUACAUGGGGCAUUUAUCUCCUUCAUCGGGUGAUGCGGAAAGAAUCCAACACAUUAAAGAGUUCUUUGGUGAAGCAUCAACGCCUUACUUUUUACCUUUGAUCAUCCACAAAAAUGCAACAUUAGACACGAAGAAAAAAGAAGACAUAUUGUUUUCUAUUGAGAAAGAUUUAAAACUUAGCAGGGAGACAUACUGUGCAUUUUGCUGCAAAGGUGGGAAGGUCAAUGAAAACGAAAUAAACAACCUAGUUGUCAAGAUCAAGGAGGUGGUCAACAAGAACAAGAACAAAGAAAUAUACACAAAGGAAAUGUUUGAUGAGGCACAAAAAUCAAACAGCAAGGGAAAGACAGGUGAUGGAGACCAAGGUCAUAGCAAGAAUGCAACAGACACAGCUGCUAAAAUUAGAGAGUUCUUUUCAUUUAAAGACUUACCAGAUUUUUGUGCCAAAAUGACGAUUAGAGCACAGAAAGAAUGAAAGUUCAUGUUAACAUGACUGAUUUACUCAAAUGAAAUAAGUCAGACAGACAACGAAGAGAGAAAUAUUUGAUGGCUUUAAUCCGAGUUAUUAAUCUGACAGACUUGGUUCCUCUGCAGACUGAGAUCAGAACAACACAUUAUAAACAAAGUACUUUAUAAUUAACAUAACCUGCAUUAAAGGAGAAGAGACAUUUACAUUAAAUUUAAUGAACUCCAAUUUUUCCAGCUGCAAUAUUAUAUUCUGAAUGAUUUUAAUGCAAAUACUUCUAUGGUGUUUUUUUCUUUGCUUUUUUUUUCUUUAUUGAUAACAAGGAUGCAUGAGACAGGUGUGACCUUUGUUGUGCGUUCACUGUAAAUGCAGCGCUGUGAUACCACCUCAGCUCAGCUGCUGCAGUUAGAGGGAAACCUGACAGCUGAUGUUUUCUGGAGAAUCUGCAGCACAGUCUGUAGUUUCCUAUCAAAGCUGCUAAAAGUUCUUUUCAUUUGUU